CCCAAUCUCACCAUGCAUGCCAAGUUUAUCCUUGUAGGCUGCAUUGCAGCUCUGUCUGCUGUGGGUCAUGCACAAGACGAUGUCACGCAAAUCCCUACCAUCUACGAUCGCGUCAAUACCCCUUUUACAUUUACCGAGUGCGCCGCACCGAAAGAGAUGCAAACGUGCUGGGAAGCGCAAAACUACACUGCUGAAUAUCUCGACAACGAAUGCACUGGUCUGCAGAACAGGAUUGACUGCGCCCUUACAAACUGCUGGAAUAGGCAACUGCUGCUCGUCUACAAUGUUACUUGCUCCGAUGACCACACUGAACCAAACGCGACAGCUGCUGCUGCUCCGCCAGCUUUGGAACUGCCAUUUUUUCCGCCGGCUGCCGGUGCCGCUGGAGAGUGCAGCUGUAACCUCAAUACCAUCGAUAACAGUAUCCAAAGUGGUGCUUUUGAAAACUACCUGGCAUGUGAGUCAAAGGUUCGCAAGNAAAACGGCGAGUCGGAUGACGACUCGGAUUACACCGAAGGGCCGGUACCUGACUGUGCCUGUUGUCUGUACGGCUCUGUUGCUGCUGCCCAGGAUCCCGCAUACAUAGCUCUGGCCACCAUCAAGCAAAUCUACAUCGACAGCGAUCGCGAAGGAAACAACAACAGCUUAACACACUGUGCCUCCCGUCUUGCGAGUGGAAACUUCAGUUGUGUGGAUUAUGGCUUUAGUACUUAUGGCAAGAAUGCUUCCGACUAUGCCAAGCCUACUCCUUUGCAUUCGGCUACUGGCACGUGGAGUGAUAUCAAUGGUAUCCUCGCUAGCCCCGUGAGUGGCGCGACUUAUACUUGGACGGCAUGGAACACGACUUUUACCAAUACUGCUCUUUCGGUGGAGGCGGUGGCUACUAGGACUGCUGCUGCGAGUGAGCAGAUUACAGGUAGUGUGACUGGUACUGCGCUUGGUGGGUCAUCCACGAGUUUCGGCGCUGCUGCGCCUACUCUCAAUGCCGUACAGAGACCCGCCGCAGCUCUGAUGGGACUCGGUGGCAUCGCAUUCGCUCUGCUAUAA